AACCGCGCGCUGGCACUACAGAGACAUACUCGCCGUGCCAGUCAAACCGCUAGGUAACAGCAGCCUCUGUGCUCUCAAAGCACAAGAGUAUAGCAUCAAUGCAACCACUGCGAGCUAGUCUGCUCAGUGCAAUUUGGGGGAAGUAUAGAAAGGAAGUAAGAUGGCUGGUGGAUUGAGAAAUAUCACACUACAGCACCUUCAACUACAACCAUCAAUACAGUUUUCAAAAACUCUUCAGUACCGACUCAGCAGCAAGAACAAAGCUUUUUUUUACCUACAACAAUCAACAACCAACUUUUCACUAUCAUCACCAUGCAGUUCACCACCAUCCUCGCCGCGACCCUCUUCGCCAUCUCCACCUCGGCAGCAACCCUCGCCACGCGUGCCCCCAUCGAAGCCCGCACCGUAGGCUUCAGCCACUCGAAGCGCGCCUUUGAGCUCACUGCUGAGAUUGCCGCCAUGGAGAAGCGAGGCCAGUCUGCUGCUUGUACUAUCUGCACGUUUGGGUGCGGUACCGGCGGCGAUCUUGAGGCGUGUGAUUGCUGUGCUGAGGGGGGUGCCUGCAGAGAUGAUGGAAGCUGCAACAUCUAAACGGAUUUUUUUGACAGGUUGGACUUGGGAUUCACCUUUGGGGAGGGGGGGUUAGUUUGGGGAUUCGCAUAGUUUACCGUGGUGUGGUUGGUCCUUGUUAGGGGAGAGCAUUAGAGGUUUUGCUGGUCUUUGUCUCUGGGGGUUUCUCUGCUUCAGGACGAGCUAUUGAAAAUUCAAUAUGAGUCAAGUUCUCUGUUG